ACUUUUCAAAAUUGGGCAGGAAAUAUAAAAUGCAAACCAAGAUCAAUCAUGAGACCUAUAAAUGAAGAUCAAAUCAAAAUGAUUAUUGAAUUAUCUAAUCGAGAAAAAAGAGAAAUCAGAUGUUUUGGUGCUGGCCAUAGUCCAAGUGAUUUAGCAUGUUCCGAAGACUAUAUGAUUAAUUUGGAUGAAUUGAAAGGUGAAAUCCAUGUCGAUAAGGAAAAGAUGACAAUCGAAGUUUUUGCAGGAACACGACUGAAAGAUUUUCAUCAAAUUGCUAAAUCUCAUGGUUUAGCACUCGGAAAUCUAGGAUCUAUAUCAGAUCAAUCAAUCGGAGGACUGAUCUCAACAGCUACUCAUGGAUCUGGAGCUCGAUUCGGAAACCUAUCAACAUUUGUUCUUUCACUUUCAUCGAUCCUGGCUAAUACAAAUCAAAUCACAGUUUCAAAUGAAGAAAAUCAAGAUAUCUUUAGAGCUACCCUUUGUGGUUUGGGUACUACUGGAAUUAUUACUAGAGUUAAAUUUCAAUGUGAACCCAGUUUUAACCUAGAAGAGAUUGUCACUGAGUUAGGCUUUGAUGAAUUUGUUGAUCGAUAUGAUGUGAUUGGUAAGAGUGCUGAACAUGUUAGAAUUUAUUGGUUUCCUCAUCUUGAUAAAGUGAGAAUUGAAAGAUUAAACAGAACAAAAAAGGAUCCAACUCCAACCCAAAGUGUCACAAAAUCAACAAUGAUGUAUGGAUACAAUCAUUGGGUCCAUCCUUUGAACCUUCUAAUUGGACGAAGUAUUCCUGGUCUGCUACAUUACCAUGCAGCACUGUCUUAUCACUUCAUCCACCAACCAAGCUCAUCAGAAGAUCCUGCUGAUAGUGUUUCAGUCUUUAAUUUUGAUUGCGGUCCAUCUCAAUAUACAUACGAAGGAGCCGUGCCAUAUGAAAAGACAUCAAACGUACUCAAAGAAUUGAAUGUAUGGAUGAAAACUGAAAUCUCAAAAGACGGCAAGAAACGGCUUCAUUUCCCAGUAGAAAUCAGACCCGUGGCUGCCGAUGAGAUUUGGUUAUCUCCAUCCUAUGGUCGUUUAUCUACUUAUAUUGGUAUAGUUCAAUACAAACCAUUCGGAAUCCCAGUAUCGUAUAAAGAAAUCUUCAAAACGUUUGAAAAUAUUUUAUCAAAUCAUGAUGGUAGACCACAUUGGGCGAAAUCACAUCAAUUUUCAAUUUUAGACUUACAAAAAACGUAUCCAAAAUUAUCAGAUUUUUUAAAAUUAAGAAAAGAAUUAGAUCCAAAUGGUCGAUUUUUAAAUCCUUAUAUUCGUAGACAUUUAUUAGGUGAA